AUGAACAACAACAACACGGACAAGGAAGUCCCCCUUGGCAAAGUCCUCUCCAUCUUUCUGACGGAUGAUGGACUCAAGGACGUGACGUUGAUCACCAGUGAUGGCGAACUUGUGCGGGCCAACCACUAUGUCUUGUCGGCUCGAUCGGUGGUCUUUCGUCGCCUAUUGAGAGGCAAUUAUUUCUCGGAAGCCACCAACCUCGAAGUCGAUGUGGGCUUUCCCGGCAGUAUCAUGCGAGAUAUUGUGGAAUACAGUCAUACCGAUACGUGUGCCAGUCUCAGUUGGAAUAAUAAUAGCAAUAACAACACUAACAAGCAAUCGCCAUUGGAAGAAUGGCACGCCGAAAAGGAGCACGUGGAAACACUGGUGGGGCUUUCGGGAGCCGCCAUGUACUACAAUUUACCCAGUCUCGCCAAGAAAAUAGAGACCAAUCUCACGCAACAUUUGCGGCGUACACCGUCCCUGUCACUGGCCGUUUUGGCCGCCUGUCGCAAGGGGGGACCUUCCAUUCCUGUCGAAUUGGUCGAAUGUGCCAUGGCAUCGGUGCGACGGAACAAAAGUGCACUCUUUGAUGAAAAGGCCGUUGCCUGUGUCAAUGACAGUCUCGUCAAGGAAAUUCUCAAAGACAAAGACCUGAAAAUUGACGAAUACGAUCUCUUCAUGUUCCUCACGCAAUGGAUGGAACGCAGUCCCAAAGAUCGCGAAUCCGUCGCCAAAGAUUUGAGCAUUAAUAUCCGACUGGAAAAAAUAAAUCCAGAAGAUUUGCAUUCCAGUGUGUCGUCGUCGGGAUUAUUUGCACCGGAUGAAAUCCACGAAGCGUAUCGGAAACAAGCUUUGGAAGCGCAACAAAGUAAUCAUGCGUUCCAAAUUCCAUCCUUUCAACAAACCAAAAGCAUUGCUUGGCGGAAACUACACAGUGUAUCCCUGUGGGUAUCAUCCAACUCUAGCUGA